CAUAUUUUAAAUACAAAUUUUAUAAAAUGUCAGAGAGUGAAGAAGAAGUGGAGUUUGAAAAUAGUAUUCCGCAAAAAAAUCAAAUGGAAGAGGAAGAAGAAAUUGAAGUAGAUGAAGAAUUAGAUGAGGAAGAGGAAGAAGAAUUGGAAGAAGAUGGUUCAAGAGGAAAACGAAAAAAACCUAGAUUUGGCGGGUUUAUUUUGGAUGAAGCUGAGGUUGACGAUGAAGGUGAAGAAGAGGAAGACUGGGAAGAGGGAGCUGAGGAUCUUAUAGAUAGACGUUCAAUUAGUGGAGAAAGUACAGCUCGAGAUGCUGAAGGUGCCAGACGACUUGCUCAUAUGCUUAAUCAAAAAGAAGACGAGAUAGAAGAGUACUACAAAAGAAAAUAUGCUGAAGCCUCACAUGACGAUAGAUACGGAGAAGGGGAUGAACAACUUUCGGAAGAUAUUACACAUCAAGGCCUAUUGCCCGGAAUCAAGGAUCCAAAUUUAUGGAUGAUCAAAUGCAGAAUCGGUGAGGAAAAGGCCACCGUGGUUCAAUUGAUGAGAAAAUUUAUUGCUUAUCAAUUUACAGAUGAGCCACUUCAAAUUACUUCAGUUAUUUGCAAAGAAGGUUUGAAGGGUUAUAUUUACAUCGAAUCAUUCAAACAGAGUCAAGUUAAACAAGCUAUCAAAGGUAUGGGCAACCUGCGAGCCGCCCAGUAUCAGCAAAAGAUGGUACCUAUAAACGAGAUGGUGGAUGUAUUGAAAGUGGUGAAAGAAAUUCGAUCUCUCAAGCCCAAAACGUGGGUAAGAUUGCGGAGAGGAAUAUAUAAAGACGACAUAGCCCAAGUCAACUUUGUUGAACAUGGUCAAAAUAUUGCUAACCUCAAGCUGGUCCCACGCAUAGAUUACAAGCGGAAUCGUGGCGUUCUGCGACAUUUGAACACUCCUAACUCAACCUCAGACCCGACUGCAACGAAUGCCUCCAAGAAGUCACAAUGGUGGAACAAAAUAAAAAAAAGACCACUCUCCAAGUUAUUUGACCCGGACGCCAUCAAAGCUAUAGGCGGUGAAGUUAGUCUGGAUGGGGAUUAUUAUGUAUUCGAAAGCAAUCGCUACAGUAAAACAGGAUUCCUCAGCAAGAAUUUUUAUAUAUCUGCCAUUGUAGUCGAUGGUGUUGUUCCUACUUUGACCGAAAUGGAAAAGUUUGAAGAAAACGCAGAUUCCCUAGAGGAUAUAAAUAUAAAGUCAAACAAAAUUACCGAGAUUCAUAGUUUUUCGGCUGGGGAUGUGGUGGAAGUUAUCGAAGGGGACUUGCUCUACUUGCAAGGCAAAGUUGUCACGGUGGACGGUUCCAGCAUUACUAUAAUGCCCAAUCACGCGGAGCUAAAGGACCUGCUCAAUUUCCAAGCUCACGAACUUAAAAAAUUCUUUAAAAUUGGGGAUCAUGUCAAGGUCUUGAGCGGUAGAUUUGAAGGAGACACGGGCUUGGUAGUUCGAGUUGAGGAGAAUACAGUGGUCUUAUUUUCGGACCUCACUAUGCACGAAAUAAAGGUUCUCCCCAAAGAUUUGCAGUUGUCUCAAGAAACUACUUCUGGGGUAGACUCCUUAGGUCAAUACCAGCUGCGGGAUCUAGUUCAUCUCGAUCCGCAACACGUGGGUGUCAUAGUGAGGAUAGAAAAAGAGAUUUUCCAAAUUCUCAACACUGCCGGCAAGGUGGUAAGAGUCAAGCCCCAAUCAAUAUUGCGCAAGAAAGAUACGAGCAAAGCUGUUUGUUUAGACUCUGCUGAGAAUAGACUCCAGGCCAAGGAUGUCAUCAAAAUUUGCGAUGGACCUCACAAGGGCAAAGAAGGCACCAUCGAGCACAUAUUUAGAAGCUUCGUAUUCUUACACUCAAAGCUUCACACCGAAAGUGCCGGCAUAUUCCUGUGUAGAGCUAGACAUCUGUCUUUAGUCGGUGGAAGUUCUAAGCCAAUGAAUAGAGUUGAUGACCCUUUUGGUUCCUUGGGACAUUUUGUGCCCAUGUCACCUAGAAUCAGCCCUAGUCCUCAAAGAAACAAUGAUCCUUUUAGUCAAGAUUCGCUCUCAGGCUCCCCAACCAAUGCUUUCCACCGUAGGGCUGGGGCUCACACCACCCGUGACAAUUCUAUGAUUGGACAGACGGUCAAGAUUAUCAGCGGUCCUUACAAAGGUCACAUGGGAAUAGUUAAGGAUUCUACGGAGACAACAUCUAGGGUAGAAUUACAUUCCAAUUGCCAAACCAUAAACGUUGAUAGAGUCAGGAUCGCCAGCAUUACUGACAAAAUCAUAAGUGGAGGCGUUACCGCCUACGGAAGAACACCUAUGAUGGGAGGACAGACGCCCAUGUACGGAAUAGGUUCUAAAACACCAGUAUAUGGCUCACAAACACCCCAACCUGACGGGAGCAGGACACCUCACUAUGCUGCAAAUAUGACUCCGCUGCACGAAGGCAAUAGAACUCCCGGCAACUUUGCAGUGCCUCCUAUGUUGUCUUCCAAUUCCUCCUUCACGCCUUCCCCUUCACGUUACGACCAUUCAGCAUCGGCGACGCCGUCCCUGCAAAUCCCGGACACUCCUGUUGCAGCUGACCGAUACGAUUCCCCGGCUUCGUCCUAUACCCCCUACGGCGCUGGACCUUCCCCUUAUCCCAUGACACCUGGAAGAUCUUCUGAGAACUUUUUAGACUGGGCAACGAAUGAUUUGGUGGUUAAGAUUAAGGAAUCUUACCACGAUUCGCAAUUGACUGGAAACAUUGGAAUACUAAGAGGCGUUUCUAAUAACAUGUGUUCACUCUUUUUACCAGACGAUGAAAAGACGAUAAGUAUCUUAUCGCAUGAUUUAGAACCUGUGUUGCCAAAUAUAAAUGAUAAAGUUAAAGUGCUUUGUGGCGAGUUUCGAGAUAUGCUCGGUAAAUUAAUCAACAUUGAAGGUGAAGACGGAGUUGUUAAGAUAGUUGAAGAGGAAGAGGAUAUACAAUUGAUACCGUUACACUAUCUUUGCAAGUUUCAAGGAACCGCAAACGACUGAAUCUUAUUUAUAUAUAUUAAUAUAAUACGGAAUCUAUCAAAACGAAUUUUAAUUUCAUAUAUAUAUAUUGAUUUAUUUUAAAAAAAUAAAUUAUUUAA